UUUCUAAUAAUCGCUUAGCCAAGGAGAUCUGAUAGAUACUAGAUACAUCACUGUCGGAAAACGGUGCACGAAACCGGUCAGUUGGUGCCUUGAUAGAAGGCAGAGAGAAUGUUCGCUUUUUAGCUUAUAGAAAAUUUCUGUCUAUUGACGAUUGUGAUUACAAGUGAAAAAUAUGUAAAACGACUUAUUUGUGAAUCUUUAAAGUGCGUCUCGCAGUGUCUAUCAUGUCGCGGCAACGAAAACGUGCGUUCUUCCGGAUAUUCCAAAUCGUUGUCUGUGUCGGAGUUGUCUUCUUGAUGCUAAAGUUGUCUCUCGCCGUUAUCGGCGACGAGAGUAAAUCUCUUCCCGUCGAUAAUGAUCUAAGAAAAUUAAUGAUCGAGGCUGAAACAGACAAUACAUGGCGGUUGUUAAAUGUCGAAAGAGUAUGCAAAAAGUAUAACUUGGGUUUUUAUCGAAAACUCGUCGACAACUCGCCAUUCAAACAUCCACCUGCGCCGCAAUAUGCCGUUUUUUAUAUGGACAGGGUACACAACAUAUCAUAUUGUCCGAUAUACAAAGCCAGCACCACAACCUGGCUCUAUAAUUUCUGCUUGUUAAUGAACGUGCCCGAAGAGACACUAAACCAUGGCAAGGAACAACUGUCGAUUAUCGCCAGGAAAGUGAUACCGGAACUCGAAUAUCCCGAAGCCGAUCGUGUUCUAAAUACGAGCAAGAAAUUGUUGGUCGUACGGCAUCCGUUCGAGAGGCUGCUGAGCGCCUAUCGUGACAAACUGGAAAACUCCAUCGCCGGACGGGAACACGGGACGCUUCACUUUUAUCGCAAGCACGGGGCCAAAAUCGUACGGAAGUAUCGCAAAGAAAAUUUCACAAAGCCGCGACCAGAUCAGGUAAUCCGACGCGAAGGUGUACCACCGCCCGCAGGUGUGGAACCGACUUUCCGAGAGUUCGUCGAUUAUAUGAUCGAAACUGAUCUAGGCAGUUAUGGCGACGAUCACUGGAUGCCGUAUUAUCUGUUCUGCACGCCAUGUCUCGUCAAGUAUGAUAUUAUCGCGAAGGUGGAAUCACUGUGGCGAGAUCAGAUAUACGUGAUUAAUAAGUUAGGAUUGCAGGAUAGAAUCAAGCCUAGAUGGAGGCAUAGUAAUAGUUACACUAAUGCUUCUAAGAUAUAUUUCAGCCAAUUGAACAGAGCGAUGGUGCAAAGAUUGUACGAGAAACUGAGACUCGACUUUGAGCUUUUCGAUUACUCGCCCAAUAUUUACUAUGAAUAUGCUACUAUCGAUUAAUUAAAAUCGAGCAAAUGUAAUGAAGCCUCUGUGUGAGGCUGCGUUAGUCAUAAUUUUACAGUCACUGUAUCUCGUGUACCAAUUUAAAUCGUCGAUGGCACAAAGAAUGGGGACUUGGUUCGUGAGAAUUUAAAAAAAAAAAAAAUGAAAAGAAAAGAUAUGUUAAGCCUGUACACGCGCACACGUAAUCCUGAUAAUUGAUGGAGCUUAAAUCGCGUUACGUCACGCGACGAACUUUUGUCGACGACGAAAAUCGAUCGACCUACUUUUCACCAUACCGAAUGUAUCGGACCGGCAGUUUGUCCUAAAGUCAAGGGUCCUCGAAUCGGACGGCGUUAAUCAUCAAGGAUCGCGAGAAUCCAGAGCCAGGGCAUUACCCUGCUGACACGCGGCAAGAACGAUGCCAACUGAAUCUCACGCGAAUUUCCAUCAGCAUCAUAAAAUGUGGAUGUCUUAAAAAAAUAUCGAAGUAUAUCGAUUUGUUCUAACUGUGUGAUAGUGUGACCUAUCGAAAUCUAUGGACCUAAGUUGAAAUUAGCUAGAUCGGCUCAUAGUUUCAAAUAUUAAUUUCCUAGUUUGAAUCU